AUGUUCAUUCAAUCUAUCUUCAUAUUAUUCUUUUUAAUUCCUUAUGUUACAUCUGUUAGUAAUCAAGAAGAUUUAUCUAUAUCAAAUUAUUCUCAUAUUGGUUGUUUAAUAUUGAAAUCUAAUAAACAAUAUCUUGUGAAUUCGAUUCAAACAAAUUCAUCAUUAGCAUAUCAAACAUUUUCAAGUUCAAAUAUGACAAUUGAAUUAUGUUUUCGUUUAUGUCGACGAUGGAUUAUCCUAAUAAAUUCAAAUCAUACAAAUUGUAUUUGUUUAUAUACGAUAAAUAAACCAUAUCAAUUUCAACAAUAUCUUGGUGAAAUUUCAUUCGGUCAUAAUUGUACUUCGAAUAAUAAUUUACAAAUCUAUUCAUUAACAAAAAAUUUCGAUUUAUUACCAUCAUUAUCAUCUGUUUAUCAAUGGUCACUUGAUGGUUGUUAUUAUUUACACGGUAUUCAACAACAUCAAGCUAAUCGUAAUUUUACUAAUAUGAAUUAUACACAAGCAAUAAAUGCAUGUCGAAUUUAUUGUCAAAGUUUACGUAAUACAAAUUAUCUUUCAUUUUUUCUUUCAUUAAGAAAAUAUUGUUAUUGUCUACCAAUUACGCCAUCAAAAUCAGUUUUACAUACAGCUCUACGAAAACCUUUAAUUCAUUGUUCAUUUUUAUCUUAUAUAAAAAAUAGUUUCGAUAAUUUUUUUAAUUAUUCAGACAUUAAUUUGGAUACAGUUGUUAAAAUUGAUGUCGAACGUUAUUGUUUAUCAACAUAUAAUUUUAAUCAAAAUUUAUAUUUAUGUUUAAAAUCAGUUCCAAUUAGUACAUAUAAUACAUAUUUAAAAAUUAAUUCAAAUGAAACUUGUUCACCAAUAUUAAUAAAUACAUAUGAACAAUGGAAUUAUUUAUUAUCAUUUUCAUUUACAUUAAAUACACGUACUUUUAUUUGGAUUGAUAGAAAUUCGUCGUAUAUAUUGAAUAAAUUAUUUAAAUCUAAAAGCAAUUCAUUUCUAUCAAAUGAUCUUUGUAUAGUUGUAAAUCAAACAAAUUCAAAUCAAUUUCAAUCUUUCGAUCUUCUUCCAUGUUCAACAGCACGUUGGCCAAAUCAUAUAUUAUGUGCACAAAAAACUUUGGAUACAAUAAUUACAAAUGAAGCAGAGUUUAUGCUACAGAAUGAAGAACGAUAUCCUAUUAUUGAUAAUAUUACUUGUCCAUCUGAAUUUGUUCUAUUCAAUAAUAUGUGUUAUUAUGUUCAUACAUCGUUUGUUUAUAAUAUUCAAUCUGGUGAAGAAAUUUGUUCGAGAAAAUAUUUGAAUAGUACUCUUGUUCAAUUAAAUUCUCAUAAUUGGGGAAAUAUAAAUGUUACAAGAUUUCUUGGUCGAACAUAUGAUGAUAUUCUACUUGAAUUUUUCUAUUAUCAAUUAGAAAAAACAAUGAAAACUGAAUCAACAACGAAUACAACUAAAAAACAUUGGUUACGAUUAUUAUUUGAAGAUAAAACUGCUGGAAAUGAAUGUGUUUUACGUUAUUUUAUUCAUUCAUUAGGUGCAUAUACACUUCUUCAUCGAUGUAGUGCUGGUGGUCAUCCUGUUUGUCAAUGUGAAGCAAUUCAAAAAACUAUACCAAAAAUAAAAUUACAUGAUGAAUUUACAACGAAUUCUUUAGAAAUAAAUAAUAGAAUUGACUCAACAACAACACCAUCAGAUAUAAUUCUUCCAAUCGUAGCAAAUUUUACAAAUUCAUCAAGUGUAUCAAAUGAAUCUAUCAUCCGUAAUAAUACGGAUCGAAUAUCUGAUGAAGAUCUUUUGAAUAAUGAAACUAAUCUUGAUUACAGAUUUAAUAACAAUACACUAAUACAAAGUAAAAGUCAAUCUACUAAUUAUCAACCAAUUUUAAUGAUGAUUGCUGCACCAUUAUUAGCACUUAUUAUGUUAGGUAUAGGUGCGAUUUUUUUUCUACCUUAUAUUCGACGAACUCGUGGAUCAUAUUCAACAGGUAAUAAUAUACUAGGUUCUACACGUCGACUACAACGUUCAUCAACAGAAACAACUUCAAUUGGUAAAUUAAAUCCACCUGCAGUUUUAUAUAGUAAAUUAAGAUCAUCUCUAUCAUCAACACCGACCGAUAUCAAUAUGUUACAUCCAUUUGAUAAUUCGAUGACAAUUGAGGAUGAUGAUGAUAUUCAAUUAUUACCACAAACAAUAAAACUUCCUGAAAAUAUUAUACCUGAAGAUGAAGAAGAAUCAUUAUAUGCAUCAAUAUUUAAACAUUCCAUUGAAAAAAGUGACAUCUCUCUUAACUAA